AUGAACUUUGGCAGGGAGGUGGCCCGGCAGACAAGUUGUUAUACUUACGUGAUAAAAGAUGAGGAUCCAGACCUGGCGCAUCUAAAUAUAUUUGAGUUGGCCGAGAAGGGUGACCAGGCUCUGCUGGAGAACCUGGUGAGCAAUAGCCCCGAGGUCCUAAGUGGGAAAGAUGAAUUCGGAGCCGGCCCCGUUCAUCACGCCGCCGCGGGGGGCCACGUCGCUCUCAUCCAGUACAUCAGCAGCGUGCUUGGCCCCGAGGCCCUGAACAGCUGCGACGAACGCGGCGAGGUGCCCCUCCACUGGGCCGUGGACAAGAACCGGGAGGAGAGCUGCAGUGUUCUGCUGGACCUGGGGGCCGACCCCAACGUCCUCAACGCGGCGGUGCUGUCACCCCUGCACCUGGCCAUCAGCCAGGGGCACAACAGGCUGGUGGAGCUGCUGCUCUCGUGCGGCACGGUGGACUACAACCAGCCCGGAGACCUUGGCAACACCCCGCUCAUGAUGGCCUGCUCGCUCAAUAACUGCGACGCUCUCAACUUGUUGAUAAAGCACGGAGCGCGUCUGUGCCAGCAGAACAAGCUGGGACACUUCGGGGUGCACGCGGCUGCAUUCGCGGGCGCAAAAAAGGCCUUGGAAAUCAUCCUGAAGGCCGGGGAGGAGCUGGGCUACUUGGGUGAAAACCACAUAAACUAUCUGGACAAAUCCAAUAGCACGCCUCUGCAUCUGGCCGUGCGGGGCGGCAACACAGACACCAUUCGAUUCUGCAUCGCCAAGGGGGCCAAAAUUGACCAGAAACAGCAUGACAAGUCGACGCCGCUGCACUUGGCGUGUACCCAGGGUGCCCUCGAGGUGGUCAAAAUGAUGCUGUGCUCUCACGGCCAAGUGGAGGACAUCAUUAACCUCAAGGAUGGCGCUCAUCAGACGCCGCUGCACAAGGCGACAAUAUUUGACCACGUGGACUUGGCCGACUACCUUAUAUCUUUGGGUGCGGAGGUCAACGCCGUGGACUGUAAGGGCAACCCGCCCUUGCUACUGGCAACUAGUUGCGGCGCGUGGAGAACCGUGGCACUGCUCCUGUCCAAAGGGGCCAAUGUAAACCUAAAGGACAUGCUUGGCUGCAACUUCCUUCACCAGGCCAUCUUGCAACCCAAGGGGCUGAAGAAUCUGCCGGAAGAUGUUCUGCAGCGUAGCAACGUGAAGGCGUUGCUGAGCUGCGAGGACAACGAGGGCUGUACACCGCUGCACUACGCGUGCCGACUGGGUAUCCACGACUCGGUGCGCAACAUGCUGGGCCUCUCGGGCCAGCUGGGCUUGGCGUGCAAGUCCAAGGACAAGAAGUCUGCCCUACACUUUGCCGCUCAGUACGGCCGUAUCAAUACGUGUCACCGACUGCUGGAGACCAUCACGGACUCCCGCUUGCUCAACGAAGGCGACGGGCGGGGCCUGACGCCGCUUCACUUGGCGUCAAGAGGGGGGCACACGCAGGUGGUGGGGCUACUGCUGCGUAAAGGGGCUCUUUUUCACAGCGAUUACAAGGGCUGGACCUGUCUGCAUCAUGCAGCCUCUGAGGGAUACACACAAACUAUGGACAUUCUGUUGUCGGCCAAUUUGAAACUGCUGGAUAAAACAGAUGAAGAUGGGAACAGCGCCCUCCACAUGGCAGCGAGGAUGGGCCACGUGGCGGCGGCCAUGCUCAUGGUGAACCGAGGGGCGGAGUUCGUGUUGAACAAGAGCGACACGUCAUUCCUACACGAAGCGCUGCAGAACGGGAAGCACGCUGUGGUCAACGCCGUCAUUGACAGCGAGAGGUGCGCGGAGGCGUUGACCACGUUUGAAGUCGGUGGAUCCCAGCGAUGCCCCAUCACGGACAUGAUUGAAUACCUGCCAGAGACCUACAAGCACCUGUUGGACUGCAGCGUGAGGGAGUCGGAGGAUGAUCACAACUGCCCUGCCUACCACAUUGAAUACGAUUUCAGGUGGCUGCAAGCUCCCCUCGAAAUGCAGAAGAAAGGGGAUAAGUCGACCCGGGUUCAGCCGCUAGCCGCGCUCAAUGCGAUGGUGAAAUACAACCGCCUCGGGCUUCUCAACCAUCCCAUCUGCAAAAAGUACCUGUCCAUGAAGUGGGUGGCGUACGGGAGCAAGGCGCAUAUUCUCAACAUGUUCAUGUACCUGCUGGGCCUGCUGCCGCUGACUCACCUCAUUGUGGCCCUGAGGCCCACCAUGAACAUCACGGAAACGGGCGAGCACAAGAUCCCCAUGGUCCCCGUAUCGUUCGCGGAGCAAAGUGUGUUCCUGUCCUUCUGUAUGGUGAUGGUCCUGGUCAUGAGCGUCUACUCCAUAGUGAAAGAAGUGCUACAGAUGAUACAACAGCGUUGGAACUACUUAAAAGAUUAUUCCAACCAAGCCGACUGGUUCUCGGCCGUCACCUCGCUUCUCUUUAUCAUCCCACUCAUGCUCAAUGCGUCGGGCUCGUGGUAUUGGCAAGCGGGAGCGAUGGCGGUCCUCAACUCCUGGUUCGGAUUCCUCCUGUAUCUCCAGAGGUUCGAGGGGAUCGGCAUCUAUGUGGUGAUGUUUGGGGAGAUCUGCAGGACGCUCUACCGCAUCGUGCUGCUGUUCUUCUUCCUCCUGCUGGCGUUUGCGUUGACGUUCCACGCUCUGCUGCUCAACCAGAGAGAGUUCGAAAACGUGCCACUGUCCAUGAUGCAAACAUUUGUGAUGAUGGUGGGCGAACUCAAUUACCAGAACAACUUCCUGAACGCGUAUCUGAAAGGCGAGCUUCCGUUCAGCGAGUUGACAUGCCUCACUUUCGUCUCCUUUGUUCUCAUCAUGCCCAUUGUUCUCGUAAACUUGCUGAUUGGUUUAGCAGUCGGAGACAUCGCAGAAGUGCAAAGAAAUGCUGCCAUGAAAAGAAUAGCCAUGCAGAUUGAUCUCCACACCGCCCUGGAAGACAAGCUGCCCUACUGGUUCAUCAAAAGAGCAGACAAACCCUCUGUCGUCAUCUACCCUAACCGCAAGUGCUCCAAGCACUUCCUCCUGCAGAUAUUUGGAGACAGGAUGACGGCCAACGACGAGUGGAAGCGAACGCUGGUGGCUUCGCAAAGCUGCUCCACGCUGGAAGUUGAGCUCAAAAAGCAGAAGUGCAGGCUGAAGGAGAUGGCCAGCGUGCUGGAGAAUCAGCACAACCUCCUCAAGCUCAUCAUCCAGAAGAUGGACAUUACCUCCGAGGCGGACGAGUACGACGGUCCGCUCAACGUUCGAGGCGCCACGUGGAAGCGAGUGUGCCUGCCCAAGCGCACCAUCAGCAGCACCGGCGUGUCCCGCUGGGUGCCGCUCAUGAAGGCCAUCGAGUCCAAGCGCAAAUGAGGCAGACAUAUUUCGAAAAGUAUAACACUCAGUAGGAACCAAAACUCAAUCCAUGUUGCCUUAUGUUGCUUAGCAGGUUUACAAUAGGAUGAAUUUUUCUCAAGCUGCUGCUGCUGCGCCUG